GCCGCCUGGGCUCUUCGGCCGGCCUUCUGCCCGUCUGGGCCCCCUCCAGCCCGCCGCCCCCGCCGGACGGGCCCCUUGGUCGGGCGGCCCCUCUGCGACCGCAGGUCGCCCGCGCACCGCCGCCCAGGGCGGGCCCAUGACCGGCGAGCCACCUGGCGCCGCGGCGCUGGCCCCGCUCGGCGGCGGGACCGACCCGUGCGGGGCGCCGACUUCCGGUGCCUCAUCGAACGGGCGAGGGCCGCCCACGACCUGGAGGUCGAGCGCCUGCGGCUGGAGGUGCGGGCGCUGCGCGCGGAGUUGCUGGCCGCCCGCGGGGCGGCCGCCCCCGCCGCGCCCUGCUCGGCGAGGGUGCCCUGCGCGGACGAGGCGGGCGACGGGCGGGGCGGGGCUGAGCCGCGGGCCCCGAGCUUCGAGCCGCUCGGCGCCGGCGCCGCGGCGCUGCCGCCGCGCGCGGCGGAGCGCCGCCUCGGCCCUGGCGGGCUGCCAGAGGACAGCCCAGAUGCCCAGGGGCCCGUGGCCGCCAGCUGGAGCCCCCCCUCUGACCGCCGCGGCCGGGGCAGGGCGUCGCCUCGGAGGCCGAAGCUCCGACACGGAAGGGACACGCUCCGGGAGCGGAGCGCCUCGCGGCAGGAGGGCCGGCUGAGGAGGCUCGUGACGUCGACGGCGUUCGAGGUGGCGGUCGGCGUGGCCAUCAUCCUGAACGGUGUGCUCAUGUGCGUGGAGGCCCAGUACGACGCUUUUGGCCUGGCAGAGGACGUCGGGCACGUGAGUGUGCGGGAUGCGCAGGUGUGGCCGCACGCCUCGGAUGUCUUUGGUGCUUUCGACUUGAUCUUCGGGCUCGUCUUCUUGGUCGAGGUCAUUCUGAAGAUUGUGGCCCUGCGUUCCCAGUUUGUUCUCGAUGCUUGGAACUGGAUCGACCUGACGAUUGUCCUGCUUUGGCUGUACACCAGGGUGUCUCAGCUAGGCGUGAAUGCACAGUUUCUGCGGUUGGCUCGCCUGGCAAGGAUGUUCCGGCUCCUGCGCAUUGUCAAGUUCAUGCAGAGCCAGCUGACGGAGAGUCUGUUUCUGAUGUCGACAGCUCUCGCGGGCAGCGUCAUGACCACGGCGUGGACUUUCUUAUUAUUUUUCGUGGUCCAUACGAUUCUGGCUCUCUUCAUCAACCAAACUCUCACCGAGUUCUACUUCGAGGCGGAACCGUCCAAUCCCGAGGAGCAGCGCCAGGUGUUCCUUUAUUUUGGGUCGUUCACCCGUGCGUUCCUCACCAUGUUCGAGAUUACGUUUGACAAUUGGUCCAACGGUGUCAGGGCGUUGGUGGACAAUGUCAGCGUGGCGUUCCUCCUGUACGCCGUGCUCCACAAGAUCAUCAUCGGAUUUGCCGCCGUGGGAGUUCUCGGCGCAAUCUUCAUACAGGAGACGUUCAGGGUGGCCGAGAUGGACGACAACCUCGUGGUGAGGCAGCAGACGCGUAAGGAAAGCGUUCACUGUGACAAGAUGCAGCGACUUUUCAACGAGGCCGAUAUUGAUGGCGAUGGGUCGAUUGAUAUUGAGGAGUGGAUGCAGGUAUGCAACGACACGUGGGUGCAGGUCUGGCUCCGGGCUCAGGAGCUCAAGGCCCAGGACGCCCACAGCCUGUUCGGGAUGCUCGACGACGGGGACGGACGGCUCACGGCGGACGAGCUCAUCAGCGGCACGGCGGGGCUGAAGGGUGCAUCCGCCAUCAUACAGAUCCUGGACCUCAUCCGCGGGACGAGCGCGUGCACCAGCGAGAUCCGGGCAGAGCUGCUGUUCACGCAGCUCGCCACCGCCGAGGAGCGGCGCGCGGGCGACUGCGGCCUCUAG